CCACACCAGUGCUAUGAGUGGAAGCCAAGCCGCUACCUUCGACACUCCGUCUUCGCCUGAGGAUGACGGGAACUUCCGCCGCAGUUUGCAGAUUGAUAUGAAGGGCUUAGUUGGAGAUGCUGUUGGUAAUAUGAGCAUCAGUCCUGGCAGCCGCGACGUUGUUCUAGCUGCUCGGAAAGGGCUCUUCAUCAUAGACCUCGAAAAUCCCUUGAAUGUCCCCCGCUUUCUCCCUCAGGGCGGUACAUGGGACGUUGCUGACGUGCAAUGGAAUCCUCAUAUGUCCAGGAAAGAAUAUAUCAUCUCGACGUCUAGUGAGAAGCUACUGAUCUGGAACUUGUACAUCUCCGGGAAGACGUCUAUUGAACACAUCUUGCGCUCUCAUUACCGUGCCAUCACGGAUAUCAACUGGCAUCUCCACGACCCCGAUGUCGUAGUGAGUACCGGUAUAGAUUCAUGGUUAUGGGCAUGGGACUUAAGGACACCUCAAAAACCCAUUAUUGGGCUAUGCGCCUUCAAUGCCGCCGGUACGCAAGUGAAAUGGAACCGUAAAGACGGUAACCUGCUGGCCUCUUCUCACAUGAACGAAGUUCUGGUUUGGGAUAGACGGGAUCCCUUCCAGUGACCACUAUCAAAGCUCACGAUGCCAAGAUAUACGGUAUCGACUGGGCGCACGACAAGCGUGACGAGAUUGUGACUUGUUCCCUUGACACCACUAUCAAGGCUUGGGAUAUAUCCCAGUCUCCCAACUCGAAUGGUUUUCAUGAGCCCUUUUAUACUAUUCACACCACGUAUCCCAUUUGGCGUGCCCGAAAUUUGCCGUUUGGGAAAGGUGUGCUCAGCCUCCCUCAGCGCGGGGAGACGGCGUUGGAGAUGUGGAUACCGCAAGACCUGACCGAGCCCGUUGAGCGUUUCGAAGGACACGCAGACGUUGUCAAGGAGUUUGUUUGGAGGAAAGGAGGUCGAGACGACUCGGAAUUUCAACUCAUUACCUGGUCGAAGGACCGGACGCUCCGCUUCUGGCCCUUAGAUUCCGACGCCAUGCAGAAAGUGGGCACGUCUCCCGUUACCAAGGCCUCCACUGUGCCAGGCUACUUCGAUGAUCGCGUUUCUUUCAGCAAUCCACCUGCAGGCUCUGAACCUCCGCCAGCCUUGUCCGCUCCCAUAGGGCAUCGCUCCAUUCUCGCAGAAGUUCGGGCUACACAGCCUCCCCGUCCAUCCAAAGUUAAUGCCCUGAGACAGUCCCAAGACGCGAUUGCCGGAAGAUCAUCUUCAGCGACGGCACAGAAGGCCAAGACAACUCAGCAGCCUUUGAAAGAGAGAUCAGAAACGAUGAGUCGCGGAUAUGUCGGUGGUCGCUCUGCUCAGAUCACGACGUUCGCUUGGCUAUCCUCAGUCAAAGUCGGGCACAAGAGAGACACUAGCUCUGGACCUCCGAGCGGCGCGGACAGCGGACAUGCGUCACGCUUAAACUCAAGAUCUCGCCCGCCAUCUGUUGCUGACCCUUCAGUAUCUUCUUACAGGGCCAAGAGCACGAGUAGAGAUCGAGAUGAAGAGGAUCGUCGAGAAGCUGAUACAAAUCAAUCAUUGCAAGAGGAAAUUACGUCCGUGAUCAAUCGACUGAGUGCUUCAAAAGUCAAGCUUGAGAAGUUCGAACUGGCCAAGCGGCGCGCUUGUACAUUUGGCUUGCAUGGGCCUUGGGGAGACGGCAUGUCUGUCUUCAUCCGUAUAUCUCUCAUUUUUCCAAAGGAUUAUCCUCAGGCUAGUCAUCCCGGUGGCACUCCCCAGGUCGAUCUAGAGCGGAAUCCAUUGAUAUCCAUGAAAACUAGGAUCCACAUUCUCCGUCGUUUGCGCAUCAUUCGGGAACAAGAACGGCCUUGCUUAGAAGCGUGCUUAAGAUUUCUUCUAUUUGGCGACGAGGACACAAGUAGUAGAGCACCAUCACUUGAUUCCGCGUCGUCAUCGGAGGAUGAGCUAGGAAUUAUUACCAGGCGACCGAAGGAAGGAACUACGUCUUUACUUCGUUCAGACAAGAACCUUGCGGAGCCUCGAACGUCUCAGGGUGUCUUCGGCCCUAACGGGGAGCUUGUGUGCUUCUUCCGAGCACCGCCUCGCAUAGUGAAGAAUAUUGGGAGAGAAAUUUCUACAUCUCCUUCUCCCGCUCCGCAAGGCGAGGCGACACCAAGAUUGUUCUGGUCUCCGGUACUCCUUUCGGACGCCAUGCGUCGUCUGGCUCUUGCCGCUAACGACCGCGAAGUUGAGUCUGUCGAUAUGAAGCGGGCAGAGAACGCCCACAGCAUCCUACGCAUUAUGUCGAAUCUUUUCACCUUCUCAGGCCAACCGAGCCAGAAGGUCAGGCGUGUGUCGGAAUACUCCAAGCCCUCAGAAGAUACUCCGAACAACUAUUCGCUACUUCCGAACCGGAGAAGUACGGUCUACAUCAAAGAUGUCUCAAUACUUUGUGGUAUCGACGUCGUUGUGGCAAGAGACUAUGUCUUCCCCUUCCCCGACGCUGUGUCCGCUUGCAAGACGAACAUCGAAACUGCUAGGUUCUAUGGGCGGUUGGAUCAUGAACGAUUAUUCGGUAUUUUCCAGGUACUGGCCGGUGAUAUUCAGAAGCCCGGAGUGGGUGCCGCACACGCGAGUUCUCUGUACACGGUUCGAAACUCCCUGACUGCGAGCAUGAUGGAAAAGCUAUACGAAGAGCUAUCUCAGGAGAAAGAUAUCCAGAUGUUGGCGAUGCUCUCUGUCAUUCUAUUGCGCCUCGCAGUAGAAAUACCGACGGCGGCGACGGCGUCGCCAAUAUCCCGUGUCGCGCCCCCGGAUUACUUCAGCUACAAACGCAAUUCUCAGCUGCGACAGAGUCCAGUGUCCCAGCUCUGGACCCGUAAUAGUCCUUCCACCAACACUACUAAUCUUGUCGCUCCGCCGUUAGCAUCGCCUUCUUCUUCAAGGGGCUCGUGGUCCAGCUUGUUCAAUCCCACCAGCAUGCGGAAACUGAUCACAGCUUCUAAAGCAGGGAUGCCCACUCCUGCUCCGAGAACGCACUAUUCUCCCCAGUCUCCCCUCACAAGAGAGUUCAAGCGCGACUCUCCUGCGCAACCAUACACUUCGAAAUCAUGGUCGGAUACUACGAAGUCAUGGUCCGAUGCUACGGAUAUUUCUUCUUCGAGGAGUACCACACUCUCCUCCUUGUCAUCCCAACAUCGAGGACGACGUCCAACAUUUUCGCAAGUCGUGGGCAAUAGCUCACAACCCGAGAAGAAGCGCGUCUCGGUAGAGAUAUUUUCCCAUAUGAAGGUGCAGAGGUCUAUCUUCGGGCUGGAGCUGCGGUUACGACGUCAGUUGGAAGCACACGUCUGGGCAUACGCGGAAAUGCUCCUGGCAUGGGACCUGGCGCAAAAGCGAGCUGAACUUCUCGAAACUGCGCGCGUCGAACUGAUGACUGCUCCUGAUCUUUCGCAUCCUGCAAUGGUCAACAUGUUGCACUCCAGUCCUCUGGGCAUCGCGCGAAUAUGCGCUAUCUGCGCACAGAUAAACGAGCCUGAUGUUGAGUUCUGUGCGUCGUGCGGUGGCCGUCUAAAGGUUGAAUCGUGUUCUAUAUGUCGUUUACCGGUCCGAGGUUUGUCGCACACAUGCUUGGUAUGCUUGCACGCAAGCCAUGUCCGUUGUUGGAGAAAUCGACAGGAUCCUUCAUGUGCUACUGGCUGUGGAUGCGAUUGUCUGGGAUCCGUGGCCGUAACUCCUAUCACUCAGUCUCCCAGUUCCAUGCGUUACAACUUCAUCCCAGUUCCUUAACAAUGUGGUCCACAAUGUGCUGCGGUCUGCGAUCACGCUGUGCUAUGCUAUCGACCCUAAUACCUGUGAUGCCUUUGUACGUAUACCAUGCCAUACACAGUUCAUCCUGCAUCUCCUAUGUUGCGACGGCGACAUGAGUGGAUCGUCUUUUAUGCAUCCUCCUGCUUCAGGAUAUGCUCCACAGUCCUGGCCUCCUCUUUGGUAUGGAUACCGUCCUCUCCCUGCCUCGUACGUACUCUUCGUCUCAAACCCCUCCGCUCAUUGGCAGUGAGUAUAUGCUCCUGGGGUUCUAUUUUGACAAUAUGAGAUCUGGGUCGACCAGAUGACGAUGAUUCCCGCGAAUGUCGGGUAGCUCGUAUCUUUCGUCUACUCGGCUCUGCUUGGCUAGGGCCAGGCUCGCCAUCCUGAAGCUCCUGCUUCACAUUUGGCUUUUGCUCAGCACGAUCCUCUGUUGGAACUGGCAUGACACCUCGCGCCAAGAGUAUCUCUAGGUGUUAGAUGUCAGCAAAGAGCUCCGGACGCUGGCAAUGAGGGGUACGUCGGUAAGCAAGACUCGCCUCUGGGACGAUAUAGAAACCUGAAAACUGCGUAUGGCCCAUCCCCAGCGUAUCUCGGGGCCAGAAAUUGCGGCACUUUGCCGUCUGGUCUAUGCACUUCUUCACCUAGCGUAACAUGAUGUGCCCCAAGCUUUUUGCUGCGUUCGUGUAUAGGGCCAACGUCGUGUACCCGACCCCUGUCUUGAGGGUCCUGAGAAUGGUCCGCGCGCAGACCUGCAUUACCGCGGCCUAUAAUGCGAUGUAUCUCCACCUGUAUGCAGCCCAGGUCAGGAUCGGUGCCAUCAGGGUCUGCAAUCUCGUCGUCAUCGGUGGUCACCACAGGAGAGAACUUGAACGGUCGGACCGUGCUAGCGGAGGUGUAGACGCCCUCCAUACCUCCAACCUGCGGACGCAGGCUGGGCUUCCCGCCGACGGGUCUACCGUCCAUAUAGCAUGCGACCACGCAUCCAUGGAGGGUCGACUGAUCCAUCCAGCAUAUUCUGAAUUG